AUAUUGGUGGAAUUGAAAAUUUUUUGGAAUUUUAUCAAUCCUGAACUGCCUCCCUGGAAGUGUCCUGAAAAAGUAGAGGACAACACUUUUUGAAGGGAUAAAUCUUUGUUGGCUGAGGCUAAUACUGUUUCCCGUGAGGGUACACCUGUAAACACAUCCGCAAAUGAUGGAAACUUUUCUAGUUCUGUUGAUGUGUCAUUCAUUGGCUCACCACCGGAAUCGCCUCUGCUAGAUGUUGUUUUUGUCCGUGGCAUCCGUGGCGGGCCUUAUAAGUCUUGGCGCAUAGCUGAGGACAAAUCCUCAACUAAGUCUGGCCUGGUAGAGAAGAUUGAUCAGGAAGCAGGGAAGCUAGGAACAUUUUGGCCAGGUGAAUGGCUUUCAUCUGACUUCCCUCAAGCUCGCAUGUUUACUCUCAAGUACAAGGAAGUGAGCUCCAUGCUAUUGGAGAAGCUUGUUGCUGUAGGCGUUGGGAAUCGACCUGUGGUGUUUGUGACUCACAGCAUGGGAGGCUUGGUUGUCAAGCAGAUGCUUUAUAAAGCUAAGGCAGAAAAUAUUGAUAGCCUUGUGAACAAGACCAUUGGAGUUGUGUUCUAUAGCUGCCCACAUUUUGGCAGCAAACUAGCAGAUAUGCCUUGGCGAAUGGGCCUCGUGUUUCGCCCUGCCCCAGCUAUAGGGGAGCUAAGAACUGGGUCUCCAUGACUAGAAGAGCUUAAUGACUUUCUUCGACACCUUCAUAAGAAAGGGGUGCUUGAUGUUCUCAGUUUCUGUGAGACCAAGGUAACUCCAAUUGUUGAAGGUUAUGGAGGAUGGGCUUUCCGAAUAAUUCGUGGAAGUAGUACCAAUUGAAUCAGGGUAUCCCGGGUUUGGUGAACUUGGUGUUUUGGAGUCAACAGAUCAUAUAAAUUCAUGCAAACCGAUCAGCCGCACCGAUCCUUGAUAUAAAGAAACAUUAGAAUUUUUGCAGAAGAUGAAAGCCCGAUAAAAAUGAAGAGAUGAUUUUGCUCUUUUGUACACCAAAUUUGUGUGAGUAAUCAAUAGGAACUUCUGGAGCUGGCCUUGGUUGUGGCCGAUAAACACAAAUAUAGAAGCUGCCGAAGACAAAUUUUGACAGUUGCGAGUGCAAUUCAUCCGGCAAGUCUGGCAGCGCCUGUGAAUCCGAUAUAAUGCCGGUGGACUCGACGGGAUCCAAUUCGUUCUGCACAACAGAUUUUUUAUUUAUUUAUUUAUUUUUACAUCAUCCAUAUUAGUUCCUCCCUCUUUCUCCAGUUGUAUGUACUUCAAAAGAAAGAAAAAGGAAACUCUUACUUCUUUCAUUGCUCUGGUGUGGUGAGUUUGUAAGUG